UAAGCACCAUUGCACCAAGACAAAUUCCUCAACUAGCAAUAAAUCUCAUUCUGAUUCUGAUUCUGAUUCUGAACCUGGGGAUCCGGACCCACACUGGGGGCUGCCAAAUUUUCAUGGGGGGGCCACAAGCCCUUCUUGAUUUAAGGGGGUGCUAUACAUCUAUAAAAAAAGUUAAUAAAAAACACAAUAAGCUUAUAUUCCAACAUUUAGGUCACUUCUGUAAAGAAAAUGUAAAGUAAAAGACAUUAAGUAGAUUGUCUAAUAGACCAGUGGUUCCCAUCCUUUUUCCAUAAGGGAGCCUGUUUCAAUAAUUGAGUAAACUGACAAUUUAAAUAACAAUUUAAGUAUUUUUGAUAGUUAAAAAUGCUCAAAUAUGGAUAGUAUAAUUUCCCUAAUAAGUGAAUAAGUUCCCUAAUAAAUAUAUUAUAAUAAUACACAUAUAUAUAUAUACAUGACAUCACUAUGAGUUUGUGGAAACAGAGAUCAACAUGUCACCAUUUUCUGACAUUUUGUUGACCGAAGAACUCAUCGGUCGACUGAGAAAAUGUUCGACAGAUUAAUAGAUAAUGUAAAUAAUCAGUAAUAUUAAAAUACCAUAAUUACCAGAAUGCCCUAUUAACUUACAGUAAAUUGUGUAGGACUAAGAUAACAACUGAACUUUAUUACCAACAAACAGUGUGAAAACUGAGUGGACAAACACAUUUGCAUAGUACAGAAAUGCUGAUUUACUUUCCUCAGCCAUAAGAAAUGAAAUGUGAGUCUCAUGUUUAGAGAGAAAGACAAAAUUCUUCUACUGCCUUCUGAACAAGUCAGUGUGAACGUAUUAGUAUCUGAUGGCCCUUUGAAUCCCUGUGUGUUCCUCUGCCUCAGUGUGGACCAUGAUGAAGAGCACUGGGUAAACCCACAGCUUCUGCACAAGUAUGCCUGUGAUCUCACGCUUGACCCCGACACAGUGAAUGAACACCUCCUCCUGUCCGAGUGCAACAGGACGGUGAGCCACACUGAAGAGAAGCAGCCGUAUCCCGAUCACCCAGAGAGAGAGAGACUGGGGUUGUUCCUGGACUGUUCACUGAGCCUCUGCACCCGGCGUUCACUGUUUGCUUGGGAUCUCUCGCCCUGUCCGGCGCAGUGAAGCUAAGAAUGGAUCCUGCUCAGUCAAGCUUCACGCCUGAGGUGAUACAAGAGAGGAUAGGCAUUUCAUACAAGUUCACGUUCCCCAGCUCGGGUAUGUUCAAGUGUUCUCUGACUGAGCUGGUGUUUAAUGUGACUCACGAGGGGGAGGUCAAGUACAAGGCUUUGAUCUGGGAUACAAUGAUGCUCAAAGGUACCAAGGUACCUGGAGGACUGCUGUUCGACAUCAAGUGUCCUCAGGAGUCCAUCUGUCAGCUGCACCUCCCACACUGUGAACCUGAACCUGCACUGGUCUCCGAAAGCCUCUCUGUCGUCCACAUCACUGAUGACGGCAUGACCAUCAUAAAGCCGCAGGUGAUUACCGAAACCCACGUGGUCGUAGACACCCCUACCCUCUCUGCCUUUGGCAUCGUAUGGGAUCUCAUCAAGAGAUUUAAGAAUUUUAUGACGAAACCACUGAGAGCCCAAGUGCUGCUGUUCAUGCGACCGCCAUACCGAAGUGGGAAGCUCAUCCUCAGUGUGAUUCUGCUACCGCUCAACGUACCUCUGCAGGAGGUAAAAGUGCAACAUGAGGAUUGUGAGUACGCCCAGGUCCCGUCCCACUGUCUCCUCCACAUGGGCAAAUAUUACAGCCUCAAAAGUAACCGAGAGGAACAUAAAAUCCAGCCUGCACGUGCAGAUUUUUUUGAUAAUUACGGACCAAAUUACCACGCAACCUUUGAGAUCAACCUGACGGUGACCACUCCGGAGGUGACUAUGAUGGUGCAAGAUCCAGACAAGAUGAACGUCUGGGAGCAUGAGGUUCAUCUGCGCUGUUUAUCUACAUAUCUGGCUCCAUUGGGAAAACUGCCAAUGAUAAGCAGUGACGUCUCAGCAGAAGAGAAGCUAAGAAUCGCCCGGUCACCCUUCAUCGACAGAGUGUCUUAUCCUGUUCUGAACGUAAUGCUGGAUCAACUUCUGAGCCACAGGGUCAUAAAUGAUGCUGAGUUCGAGGCAACCAUAGUAAAAAACAGAGCAGACAAAGCUCGAGACCUCAUCGACAUGGUGCGAAAGAAAGGCGCAGAAGCAAGUUUGAUCAUGAUCACAGUCUUCUCUAGCAACGAUCCGUUCCUUUGCAACGAGAUCGGCUUAAAGGCAAGGGAAAUCUGUGAUGAUGAGUAUUGAUCAUACGCUGCUGUGGUAAUCCUCAUCCUUUAAAACACACAAAGCAACCAAAAUUAGGUUGAGUAGCUUAAGUUAAAGAAGCUAAGAAUGCAGCAACCUGGUCAGAAAAAGGGAAAUUGAAACAUUGCGUGCGCCUUUAUGUUUUAUGUGUUAAAUAAAGUAGUAUCCUCUUUUGGCCUCAGAGGAGCAAUUUUGAAUCAAACGUUGAGGAAGUGAACUGCACUGGAUACAGUGACCGUUUACAUGCACAAAGUAUUUAGUUUUUUGCCCUUGUUCCAAACAAGACAAUAUUCUUACUAAGGUGUUCACAUUCCACUAAUAUUAAUAUAUUAACCUAACUCUGUCCUCUUUUUCAAACUGCAGUCAUGUUGCUCUCAUGGUAAAAGUGGAACAACAGCUUGAGCCAUUUUGCCUCCUUGCAUCAAAAGAGGAUUUUUCCGGGGCACACACUAGUCCUUACCGCAGUGGCCUGAGUUCGAUUCCAACCUGUGGCCGUUAGCUGCAAGUGGCCCACCUCUUUCUCUCGGCCCUUUUCUGUCAAUUUUCACCUGUCCUGUCAAAUAAAGGCAUACAAAGCACAAAGACCUGUGACCUGUUCGACCAUGUGAACAGAGCUUCCCUCUUUCAUUAGUUCGACCACUUUCUUGAAAAGUUCAGCGUUGCAACAUUUACAUAUAUCCAAAAACCUGUUGAUAUACAGGUCACUCAGUGUUUAAAAGUAGGUUUUUCUCCGAUCAGAAAGGUGGCCCUUUUUUUUUUUUGUGCAUGCAUCUCUACUCCAGCCUUCCAAACUGUUGGCUAGUUGUGUGUUUACAACACAGAGCUGGGUUCUCAGGAGGUAGAGCGGGUUGUCCACUAUUCGGAAGGUUGGCGGUUCCAUCCCCGGCUCCUCCUGUUGCAUGUCAAAGUGUCCUUGAGCAAGAUACUAAACCCCAAAUUGCUCCUGUGAAUGUGCAUCAUUGUAUGACGCACGUAUGGCGCAAACUGUGGUAGAACCCCCAAAUGAGAGACACAUUCCCAAUGUGCUGCAUACGUGUCCAAAGAAUGCUCCUAAAACCUGAAUAGGAAUAUCCCACACGUCUUAAUCUGAAAAUGUGCCAUUCGGAAUAAGGCCUAAUUAGGAAUAUCCAAACGGGCUAUUCUGUUUAUGUGACCCUCAUCAGAUGUGGAAUAUUGUCAUAUUUGGAAUAGUAGUGUAUCUUUAAGCUUCAUUUUUAUCUUAAAAUCACAAUUCUUCUGUAGAUUGUAAUUGUAGUGUGUGUGUGUGUGUGGGGGGGGGGUCAGAUGCUCUUUGUGGCUGUAGAACAGGACUUUUAAUCAGUUUACGGUAUGAAUAGAUGUUGGGUGCCUUCCCAUUGUACUAAUUAUGCUUCCUCCUGUCCUCCAUAGACGUUUUUCAUUAGUAUAAACACCCCACUGAUGGUGUGGGUCACUACUGCCUGCAGUACAGUGUAUAGUGUUAAUCAUUCUCUUCCUAUUUUCCAUUCCAAGUGUCUUUUAAAACAUUCAUUUGAUUGUAUUGAUCUCUCAUGUCCAAUGUUUUGUUUUUGUUUUAAACUUAUUUAAAUUGUUUAUUAGUAUGAUGUCCAUCUAUAAUACAUGCAGGGCCAUAACUGUGAUUUUACAAGUACUUCAGUGCAACCCCACCUGCCCAAAGAAAGUUUUACUAAUCAAUUAAAGUCUGUCAAUUUAGCUGCUUCCACUUUGUCAAUAUUAUUUGGACUGUUAAAAUACAUUUUCUGCACAUUUUAUAUCACUAUGCAAUUUUCUAGAAGCUUUUUGUUAUUUUCUUGAGUUAUGAGAGUCUGGCUUGAAAAGCACUUAACUCCUUUUAGGAGAAGUUGUUUCACCUGACCCUUGGUGUUGUGUAAACUCUGAUAUAUUCAGUACACUUU